AUGGUGAAGAAAGAGCAAAAGAUCCAAUCAGGGGCAGCCAAAGAAGUUUUGUCGCCCUCUUCCCUUUUAUCCUCAUCAUCUUUGAGUUCGAAAUCCUUGUGCAAAAAGAAGUACAAGGGAGUUAGAAUGAGAAGCUGGGGAUCAUGGGUUACUGAGAUAAGGGCACCCAACCAGAAAACAAGAAUAUGGUUAGGGUCAUAUUCAACACCAGAGGCAGCUGCUAGGGCAUAUGAUGCAGCUCUCUUAUGCCUUAAGGGAACUUCGGCCAAUUUCAACUUCCCAAUAUCCAAAUUUCAAAACCUCCACCCUAAUACGAUUAUGUCCCCUAAGUGCAUCCAAAGGGUGGCUGCCGCCGCAGCUGCCAACAAUGGCUUUUCUCCACCCGGACCUUGCACCUCUUCCACUUCCACUUCCUCAGCCUCAACGCCACCAACUCCACCACCAUUAACACCGUCUCCAACUUUAUCUUCUUCAUCACCUGCCUGCAGCCUCAUUGAAGAUGAUGCUGUCUCAUUAACACCACCAUUGAUCAAUGACUACACAGUACCCUAUGUUGCAGAUGAGCCAAUAAUGGCCUCAUGGUACAACUUUGAUUCCCCUAAAUAUACAGAUAUCCUCCUUAACGGGUCAUUCUUUGAUCCAUUAAUAAUGGAAGAUCCUUACGAUGAUAUCGACAUCCCUUUGUGGAGCUUCUGCUGA